AUGAAAGCCUCGCGCUGUCGGUCCAAUGGUGGGUUUGUUAAUGAGACGGGAGGCUUCAAUGCUGCUGCAGGAAGGACUGUAUGUCGCAUGACCCCUCCGCUCAUCGGCCGAUACUCCCUCAUCACCAAUGACUUGCCAACUUUACUUCAACUCUUCCAAAACACAACACUCCCAUGUAUCAGCAGCCCUGUUGACUCUUGCGAGCUGCUACUCCACAUUCAGCAACUCACACUGCGAUUCCGGACCUCCAACAUGGCUAAUGAUGAUGAACCCAGAUCCAAGAAAGCACUCAAUGUUGAAUCGCCAUCUUUCACACCCGCUAGCGUUGGGAGUAAAAAGGCCACCUUCUCUUCACAAGCUGCCAGCGCUCCAGCUUUUACACCACGUGGCUUGGGCUCCGCUACCCCGGUUGGGCCCCAGGACGGCGACAGCAGCGUCUUCAAUCCUGCAACUGUUCGCGAAUUUACCCCUAACUUUGACGUGAACAGCACGACUACUUCCGCAAAUGGCUCCGGUCAAGAUGGCGGGAUCUCUUAUGACCCCUUCACUGUGCCUACUAUGAAUCAAGGCAUUACUACUCCUCAGUACAACCCCUAUGCUGAAGAUCCAGGAGCUCUCGGUGGCCAUGGGCCAGGGUACUUCCCAGCACAAAAUGCAUUUGCUGCUCCCGUUCAGCCUCUGCAACAUCACUUAUACUUCCCCGCUGGGCAACGUCGAGAUGAUUUGAUGCCAUAUCAUCGUGUUCCUCACGACUUUUUCAUCGCUGAGAAAGAUCGAGUUGAGAUUGUCAAUAAACUUGAAGCGACUGGCCAAGUUCUCCCCAACUCUCAGUUACCGCAACUCGACAAUUACCACAACUUGGUACCCUUGGAUACAACCCAUCGGAAAAAUGCUAACAUCUUCGGCUAUCCGAGCUGGGUAUAUAAAGCUACACAAACCAAGUCGGGUCACACUUAUUGUCUCAGGCGAUUAGAAGGCUACAGACUCACCAACGAGAAUGCCAUCAGGCUUGUCAAAGAGUGGCGGCGCAUUAACAAUGGCAGCGUGGUUUCUAUCAUUGAUGCGUUUACCACCCGCGCUUUCGGGGACAGCUCACUCAUCUUUGUACAAAACUAUUUCCCCCUUUCCAAAACACUAGUUGAGGCUCACUUGACCCCAAGCAGUACCCAUGGUACACGUUUCCAAGCUAAAACGCCCAUUGCUGAGAACGUCCUGUGGGGUUACAUCUCACAGAUCGCCAAUGCGCUCCAGGCCAUCCAUUCGGUCAAUUUGGCAGCACGAUGCAUCGACCCUAGCAAGAUUAUACUUACAGACAAAGGCCGCAUCCGUCUCAGCGCAUGCUCUAUCUUGGACGUCGUUCAAUAUGAUGCUCAUCGAUCCAUUCAAGAGCUUCAGCAAGAAGACUUCAUUCAAUUCGGCCGGCUAUUGCUCUGUCUGACGACGAACACUCUGCCAGUCCACCUCACUAAUUUUAACAUAUCUUUGGAACAAUUGUCGAGGGUAUAUUCAGUCGAACUGCGGGAUACUGUGCUGUGGCUCCUCACCCCUCAGCAACCUCCCGCUCAGAAGGGCAUCGACGAGUUUGUACGCGGAAUCGCUGGUCGUAUCACAUCCACGUUUGACCAAAUUCUUCAAGCCAAUGACAAGGCCCGCGCCGACGUCAUGCGGGAGGUGGAGAACGGUAGGGCAGCCAGACUGAUGAUGAAACUCGCAACCAUCAACGAGCGAUAUGACUUCAACGGAGAUCAGAAUUGGUCCGAAAAUGGUGAGCGGUAUAUGCUCAAACUCUUCAGAGAUUAUGUUUUUCAUCAAGUGGAUGCCAACGGUAAUCCAGUUCUGGAUAUGGGACACAUGCUUCGUUGCAUGAGCAAACUAGAUAUUGGGACGGAGGAGAGGGUUUGUCUCACCAGUCGAGACGAACAGACCAGCUUCAUCGUCAGCUACAAGGAGCUUAAAAAGAUGCUGGCGAAUUCCUUUGGAGAACUUGUCAAGGCGAGCAAAUCAGGUCGAAGCUUCUAG